ACCAUUUCUAAGCUCACUCCCACUCCACACCCUCAAAAUUCCUAUUCACUUUUUCUCUCCCACUCUGUAAAAGCAGCGCCUGAGUUCACGCUCAUGACGAAGGACGUCGAAGCCUAUGCGGAGCCGUCGCGAGAGCACGCGGCGAAGGACUACCACGAGCCUCCGCCGGCGCCGCUGUUCGAUUUCGAUGAGCUCACUCAAUGGUCGUUCUACCGCGCCUUGAUCGCGGAGUUCAUUGCUACGCUCCUCUUCCUGUAUGUCACUGUUUUGACGGUUAUCGGAUACAAGAGCCAGACAGACGCCGCGAACGGCGGCGAUGAGUGCGGCGGUGUUGGUAUUCUCGGUAUUGCUUGGGCCUUCGGCGGCAUGAUAUUCAUCCUUGUUUACUGCACCGCAGGAAUUUCGGGAGGUCAUAUAAACCCUGCAGUGACGCUGGGGCUAUUCCUUGGGAGGAAGAUAUCGAUAAUAAGAGCGUUCAUGUACAUGGUAGCACAGUGUUUGGGUGCAAUUUGUGGCGUGGGGUUGGUGAAGGCGUUCCAGAAGUCGUACUACAACCGUUACGGCGGUGGCGCCAACGUGUUGGCCGACGGGUACAACAAAGGAGUGGGUUUGGGCGCCGAGAUUAUCGGCACGUUUGUGCUGGUCUACACUGUUUUCUCGGCCACUGACCCCAAGAGAAACGCCAGAGACUCGCAUGUCCCGGUGCUGGCGCCACUGCCAAUUGGGUUUGCGGUGUUCAUGGUUCACCUGGCGACCAUACCCAUCACGGGCACCGGCAUCAACCCUGCCCGGAGCUUUGGCGCCGCCGUCAUCUAUAACCAGGAAAAAGCCUGGGACGAUCAAUGGAUAUUCUGGGUGGGACCGGUGCUGGGGGCAAUAGCAGCAGCAUUCUACCAUCAGAUAAUAUUAAGGGCAGCAGCCAUCAAAGCUCUUGGAUCCUUCAGGAGCAACGCCUGACGAUGAUCCACAAUAUAUAUAUGCAUAUCCUAAACUGUAGAUACACAACAACAUAAUUAUGCAUAUCCAUUGCCCCUUUUCAUCAUGCAUUUUCAUUUUUCAUUUUCCAUUUUCAUUAUGUUUUGAUUUCAUUUGGUGCUGCUUUCCUCAUUCACUCUCUCUGUAUUUAUUAUCGACAUCAUCAUUUCAUGAUUUAAAGGAAAUGGGCUGUUUGUGUGUGCUUAA